AUGUUAUGGCAUUUCUAUCUAUCUCUCUUUAUUUCAGUCUUCUUUCUUCCUUUCUUUGCUACACACUCUUUUACUUUCAUUUACUUUCUCACGCAUUCUGUUUCUGACCCUUUGAUGGUCUUUAUUUUUUCUUCUUCAUUCAAUCUUUAUUUUACACUUGUAUUACCUCAUUUCCAUUCUUGCUUAUUUUUCACUUUUUCUCUUGAACUCUUUCUUCUUCUUUGUAUUUCUAUAUCUCUUUUUUCUUUUGAAGCAAAUAUAAAAUUAUCACUUUUGUUUUUUAUUUGUUUAUUCUUUUUGUAUUAUUUGUUUUAUUUCCCUCAUAUUGCCAUUCAUUCAUUAUCUGUUAACUUUUGCCUUUCUUUCUCUCAUAUUUCUUUCUCUUUUCAUUCACUCCUUUUCUUUUUGAAUCUUCAUAUCUUUUUUCUGUGUAUAUUUUUCUUUAUUUUCUGA